UCUACUCUUCUUGGAGAAGGCGGACGAUGUUUCAAGCAGCGGUGGUGAGACUACCUGGCCGGGUGCUGCCAGCCUUGGCCGCCGCAUUCCUGUGGAAGAAAGACAAGCAGAGAGAGAGACAGUCCAGAAGCUGCAGGAAAGAAAUUCAUCCAUAUUAUAAUCUAAAUGUGACUGUGUUAAGAGCUAGGAACAUUGACGGCGCGGACAUGUUGUCCCAAGCAGAUUGCUAUGUUCAAUUAAGCCUUCCUACUGCAUCCCCACUACCUUCCAGGACAAAAGUUGUAUAUAACUCCAGAGACCCUGAAUGGAAUGAAUCAUUUCACUAUCGAAUUCAUAGUGCAGUCAAGAACAUUCUGGAGCUUACCCUCUAUGACAGAGACCUAAUGUUGGAUGACAAGCUUUCUUCUGUUGUAUUUGAUAUAGAAAACAUUAAACCUGGGCAAACUACUAAGCGAGUCUUUAAACUCAACCCAAAGGAUAAGGCAGUCUUGGAAGUUGAAUUUCACAUUGAGGAAAGCCAGGAUCCUCCCAGUGAAAUAAUCACUAAUGGUGUCUUAGUGGUUCAUCCUUGUAUAUGUGUGGAAGGAAGAAUUAAGCAUGAUGAACAUAAGGAGAAUGGGAACUGCAUAUUAAAAUUGUCUGUACCUGGGUCUUAUGAAAAACAGAUAAGUGCUCCAUUAAAUCAAUUUCAAACUGAAGAAGUGGGCAAAUUUGUUUUCCAUGCUGACAGUUAUAUGAGUCCACAUCUAGAUGUCUCCCUUUUAAAGACUAUGAGAAUAGCACAGAAUGACAUGGCACCUGAACUUGACAAGCAGACACUAUUUUUGGGUAAAGGAUCUGUUCAGUUGUCAUCACUUCCUAAAGGGCCGGAGACUGACAUUGAUCUACUUUUGUCCAAGAAUCACAUCGUCAAUAUGAGUAUGACAAAAGAAGAAUGCUAUCAGGAACUGGACAUCAGACUUGAAUUUGAACUGUCUCAUGGGGAGAGAGACUUCCUGAAGAAGCGAAAGGACAUUAUUGCACAAUCUCUCAAAAAUGCCCUUGAUCUGAAUACAGUCCCUGAUGAGGUUCCUGUAGCUGCAGUUCUAGGUUCUGGUGGAGGAGCGAGAGCAAUGACUUCAUUCUACGGUAGUCUACAAGGCCUUCAAGAUCUGAAGUUACUGGAUAGCAUCACUUACUUAUCUGGGGUGUCUGGAUCAACUUGGUGUAUGUCUAUGCUUUAUGAAGAUCCUGAUUGGUCAAAUAAAGAUCUUAAGGAGCAAAUAAACAGGGCAGAAAUAUCUAUGACAUCCAGCAAGUCUGGGGCAUUUUCUGCAGAAAGGAUAAAACAUUGCACACAAGAGCUAAUGGCCUUGGAGCAGGACGGAUACAAAGUCAAUUUCAGUGAUUUGUGGGGUCUUGUGUUAGAAUAUUUUCUACACCAGAAGGAUAAUCCAGCUAGACUUUCAGACCAACAGAACUCUGUGUUAAGGGGUCAAAAUCCUUAUCCCAUCUAUGCUGGUGUUAACGUCAGAGUGAAUAUUAAUGGAGGAGACUUUGCAGAAUGGUGCGAAUUUACCCCCCAUGAAGUUGGAUUUCCAAAAUAUGGAGCAUUUAUUCGCACAGAAGAUUUUGGCAGCGAGUUCUUUAUGGGACACCUCAUUUACAGGAGAAAAGAACCCAAGAUUUGCUUUUUGCAAGGAGUCUGGGGCAGUGCUUUUGCAGCCAACCUUGAUGAGAUCUGGGCUCGUGCAUCUGGCACAGGCAUACGGUGGCUUAAUUCUUUGACUGAUGUUAUCAGGGUAAUAGAUGAUUGCAGAAAAUUACAUUUUCCUGAUCCGACCCAACUGCAGACUCGUUUGGUAAUGCCAGGAGGGAUUGUUUCAAACAUCUUCCAGGAUUUCUUUAAGUCAAGGUUUACUGCUGGAGAACUAUAUAACUUUACCAGAGGCCUUUACCUCUACAAAGACUACAUGGAAGAAAGGGAGUUUGUGGCAUGGAAAGGAAAUCACUUGGAUGCUUUCCCCAACCAUUUAACACCAAUGGAGGAGAAUUUAUAUCUUGUGGAUGGAGGAUUCUCUAUAAACUCUCCCUUUCCACUGGUGCUGCAGUCAGAGAGGAAUGUUGAUAUCAUAUUCUCCUUCAACUACUCUUGGCAAGCUCCUUUUGAGCUGUAAAACUACGAUCAAAAUGCCAAAACUAUUUAAAGAAAAUAAUCAGGAGCAAGUUGCAGAAAAAGGCGAGCAGAAAAAGAAAAAGCUGGGAAGCAGAUGUCUAGAGAUUUAAAGAAGUACCUGACCUCUCACAAAACCAGAAAGGAAGAUGCUCCUGCAUCAGAACCAGUUUCAAAUGUGGAAGAUGAUCCAGUUCCCGUAGCUAUGGAUGAGGAAUCUUUAACAUCAGACCAACAGCCCAUCACAGCUUAAGAGGCUGCUAAUGUGGAUGAUGCAAGCGAGGAGGAAAGACAAGAAGAAGUAGGUGAUGAUCAACCUUCUACGUCAUCAUAUGUACCAUCUCCUCACCUUGAAAAGACUACUGAUACAGAAGGAUCAAGUGAUGUAGAAAUGAUGCAAGAGGAACAGUGUUCUACUUUGGAGACUCUUGAUUUGUCUGAUCUAGCUAAUUGGCCCGCUAUUCUCGCUAAGGGAUGCUAUUAUCAGGAAAGGUCCUGCAAAGCAAAAAGCUAAUUUUGUUUUUCCAAAAUAUGCAUCUAAUAGAUGUUUCACUAAAGCAAAUUAUUAGAGACUAUUUCCAAACGGAGAACAAACCUAAAUAAACUGUCUGGUUUAUUCUGUUAAGCUGGACAAAGUGUUUUGUUUUUGUUGUAAUCUAUUUGCAACUAAAAUAACAACAAAUUUGACAAGUGGAGGCUAAUUGGCCUUAUAACCAAAGAAAUUACAAAACAGAUUCUGCACGCACUGAAAGCGGCAAACUAUUAUUCUAUCAUACUUGAUUGACUAUAAUUGUUUGAUUUGUGUUUCUCAAAGAAGGGGGGUCUGAUGAGAGCAGGAGCGCACGGCGUCAUUGGUUGCUAUGGCGCCGUGCGCUUCAUGCCGCCGCUGUACUACAGUAAUACACUAUACGGCCUAAAUCUUGUGGUGAAUGAUGCAGCCAUGUCAUACAGGGAAGGACCAACCUUCUUUUCUGUUGUGCAGAAAAUAUGUUUUUUUUGUCAGGAUCAGGUCACACUUCGUUAGAAUAUCUUGUAGAAGCACAUUGGGAGACUUAAAGCUCUUUCACACCUGCGU